AUGCAAGCAGUGGCGCUCUUGGCGUGGAAAGCUAACCUUGACAACGAAAGUCAAUCUCUCUUGUCCUCAUGGGUUGUCGGAAGCAACCACUGCAAUUGGAUUGGAAUUGGUUGUAAAAGGGCUGGCAGAGUCAUCACUCAUAUUGACCUUAAUAGUCAUGGUUUGAGAGAAUCUCUUUGGUCCAAUUCCUACUUCUAUAGGGAACUUGUUGAACUUAAUCACUCUUUUCCUUACCGCAAUCAUCUUUCCGGGUCAAUCCCCAAAGAAGUAGGGAUGCUAAGGUCUCUCGUUUAUCUCAGACUCGCAAGAAACAAUCUCACGGGUACAAUCCCUGCUUCUAUAGGGACCCAAAAAUUUCUUGUGUCUUUGGCUAUAUUUGAUAACCAACUUAUUGGGUCUAUUCCCCCGCUGUGA